GACUACUGACCAAAACAAAGAUGAGUGAUGUAAAGGAAGAAACUCCAGUUGUUAACGGAGACACUGAUUUAUCUAACCUCAUGCAAUCACUUCCGACGCGAUGGGAAAUAGAAUUGGAAUUUGUUCAAUCGCUAAGUAACAUCCCCUAUGUGAACUAUCUUGCUCAACAGCAACACCUUCAAGAUCCCCAGUUUAUCAAUUAUUUGAAAUAUUUAAAGUAUUGGCAAGAACCUCAGUAUGCAAAGUAUAUUGUGUAUCCUAAUUGUUUACAUAUACUUUCCUUACUCCAAAAUGAAGAGUUCCGUAAGAAUAUAGUUAAUCAAGAGUUUAUGAAUACUUUAAUGAAUGAUAUGGUAAAGAGAUGGCAAGAAGAUGAUGGAAAAGAUGGUGUUUCUCCAAUUAAUUUUGAAAUUAGAAAUAAUAACCAUCAAAGCAAUCCCGAUAGUUCUAUGGCAGAAAGUAGUACGUGAAGUUGAUACGAACUUUAAUCCUGAAAGUUGGCGUCAUGAGCUAUGCUCGUUUAGAAUAUGGUAUUACUUCGCCGCUCUGCCGCUCCCCCGCUCGGAGCCAUGUUUCAGAACCCCCAACAGUUUAUUUAUAUUCGCGUUGUAUCUGCACCCGUGUAAAGUUGCGAAGAGUGAUAAUGUUGUGAAAUUACUACAUUUUUAAGCGGUUGUUUAGUCUAGAACGUGUCAAUACCGAGAAAAAUGUUCAAGUUUUGACUAAGAUUUAGUAAAUUUUAGAAGCAGGUUUCGCAGUGUAACAAACAAUGUGGCUUUUAAACUUUUAAUUAGCAAUUGCAAUGCGAAGUUGCUAAAAACGGCUUACUCGGGCUGAGUAAUGGAACACAUUAAUUCAUAUGAUAGAUCGAGAGAUCUCUAUAAGAGCAAAUGUUGCUUAUGUCUAAAUACAUGAUGUAAUAAUUACAAGCACAACAUAGUGCAUGUGUCAGAUCUGAUAUAUCGCCUGAUCCCAAUUACGUUUGAUUUAUUUUUUUUGGCUAGUUAAUCAUCUACAUUUUUAGUAAAUGAAUGUCGCAAAAUGUCGGUAACAUGACUAUUUUAACAUGCGUUGCGUUUAUUCAAUUUCUUUCAAAAUAUUGCUGUCAUGUACCCAAGGCAGAAUAUUUAACUGAAGUAGCCCCGAAUCAACCCUAUUUACUGUUUACGCGUUCCUCACCGAGAAUCCGAUGUGUCAAUCUUAUAUCUCUUAACUACCAUUCACUGAAUAUUUAGAAAGCUCUAGAACCAAGUUUAUAAAGAAAACAAAAUAUUCAACAAUGACCACACAAGGCAUUUCUAAUUCCAACUCGGUAUAUCAUGUAAUUAUUAACCUUAAUUCUCUGCCAUCCCUUGAAAGUU